AUGACUGAGUAUUUCCACGCCAUUGUUACCGGCGGGCGGGCGGUGACGGGCGGGCAGCCGGCAGCUCCUCCGCGCCGGGAUCGGGAUCGGGAUCGAGAUGGGGAUCGGGAUGGAUGUGGCCCGGCUGGCGUCAGGCGGCCGGAGCCGCCCCGCGCCGCUCACCGGCACACUCACACACACACUCACACACACACACGCACCGGCCCGGCCAGGGAUCCUCCCCAAAUUCCCGCCCCCGCCGCCGCGCCGCCGGGUCCCGCUGGGAGCGCUGCGCCCGCCGCCGGAGAGCGGCCCCGGCACGGCACGGCACGGCUCGGCACGGCCACUGUGUGCCCUGACCCACAGCCCGACAGCUGCCCCGGCUGUGAGCCCCCUCCCACACCCUCACCGCGGCUCCAAAGGCGUUUCUGCCCCGCUCCGGCAGCGCGGCUUCGGGAACAGCGGCGGAUGCUGUCAGACUUGGACUUAGAGUCAAUUCCUGAUCGAACAGGAAUCCUGCCGCUUGCCACAGGUGUUUUACACGUGGACAUCCUCCUGCCCAUAGGUAUUGCCGCACUUACUCCUCGUUCAUGCGAGUAAACCCAUCACACAUGAACCCAUCACUUCAGACCCACAGUAAUGAAGCCUCAUGCCGCUGUCCCUCUGAAAUGAACUUGAACUCCAUUUGGAUUUGCGAGUGUCAGCUCCAAAGUGGAACUGGCUGAAAGUUUGAAGCCCACGGUGAGCCUCUCCUGCCUGCUGUGCUUAUGGGGAUCUUUACAGUAGUCAGAUAUGUGUUACACAAUCAGGAUUGAACUGGAACUGAUUCUUUUACAAAUACUUUGGCUUUUACUCAGUCAUCUUUCCUGGAAGGAGAUAUGGAGCAACAAGUGCACGAUGUUUCUAUGUGGCAAAAUAUUCUGAUACUCCUAUACUGGCAUAAUUAUAUCCCUAUACUUGGGCCAGUAAAUUUUCACAUGUAUAGGCAGUUCUGGCUAUGACUUUAACCUCAUUUUUAAAUCCAGCAACAUGGAGGCCCAGAGGACUUAAGGUCCUGAGAGUUUUACCAGAUGAACAGUGGUGCCCACCCAGGUGCAUUGCAAGUCUGAAGACACAGAACUCGAAUGGCUUGCCCAAGGUCACAGCAGGAGCACAACAGCAGCAGUAUAACGUACCCAGGUUUAUGCCUGUGAGGGUAUCAGUGCUUCUUUCUGACUUCAUAAUCUAAAAUUUAUCCAUUUCUUUGCCACAUAAAUACCACAUAAAUUGCAAACAGGUGAACUGUACUAUGUUGUUAGGUAUUAUGCUACAAUAAUAGUAGAGGAACUCC